AAAACAUUACAUUCAAGGUAAAGAGGUCUAAUGGGGAAGCCUGGCUGGUUGAAUUGCAUGGCUCAAACCAUCCCAUAAUCUGCCUUUGAUCUGUAAUAAACUCUGUAGAAUGUUAUUACCUCAAUGUAAAAUUAUUUGUAUUCUUAUUUGCAUACCCAUCUGAAGAUUUAUUCACUCAAUAUGCUGAGCUAUGCAGAAACUAUAGCUGGAAAUCAACCAGAUGAUACCCAAGGAAUAGCCAAAGUUGGACUGAUAGAUGGAAGUACCAACAAAAUAGUAGAGCUGGUGGGUUGUGUUAUACAUCUGUCAAAGAAAGAUGAAAGCCUCAGAAAUAUUCUUAAAGUGGAAACAAAUAUUGAAAUGGAGUAUUUCAUUUUUGUGCCUUGGUUCCACUCAUGUAGAAGAGAAGUGAAUGAAAACAGUACGAAAAUUGAGGUGAAACUUCACCGUUAUAAAAAGGAACAAGGAAAAAAGUUUUCGGUAGAUAAGGAUAACAGUAAAACGAUUUUUGAAAAUUAUCACAGUGAUAACUAUUUUGUCAUUCCUUGUCCAGAAUUAAAAGAAUUCCAAAAGUCUUCUUUUUUAAAAAAAUGGAGCUCAAACCUCCUCUUACACAACAAUUCAAGUCAAAUUUACAAAGGGGAAAAAUCCUUUUAUGGAUUCAGAAAAGACGGGGGUUUAUUCAAGUUUUUUGGGCUUAAAAAAGAUAUUAACAAGCUGGAAGAGCAGGGUGUUCUACUGGAGAUUCGUCCAUCAAAUGAAAGUUAUGUGAUUGGAUGCUACAAGAAGCUGGAGGACGGAGAAAUUAAAAUGUAUUGUUUCCUUUUAAAAGGACUAGAAGAAAUUGCUGAACCUGCAAGAGGGACGGACAACCCUCCUCCAGACCAGCCUUCCUCUGGAAGGAUUGAAGAAGAAAGGGACAACCCUCCUCUACAGCAUCCUCCAUCUGGAAGGAUUGAAGGAAGAAUGGACAUUCCUACUCUAGAACAGUCUCCUGCUGGAAGGAUUGAAGAAGAAAGGGGCAACCCUCCUCUACAGCAUCCUCCUUCUGGAAGGAUUGAAGGAAGAACGGACAACCCUACUCUAGAACAGUCUCCUUCUGGAAGGAUUGAAGAAGAAAGGGACAACCCUCCUCUACAGCAGCCUACCUCUGGAAGGAUUGAAGGAAGAACGGACAACUCUCAGGAGUCUGAAGAUGGACCAAUUGGCUCAAAGUUAGUACUAGUAUCAGGAAGGCAUACAAGCCGUCCUAUGAAUCCUGAAGAAGAAAGGGCAAAAACAGAGAAAAAAGAACUGAUUCAUAAGACAUAUGGUCCCAAAGUUGAAGAUAUGCCCCAUGACGUUAAGCACAAAGUAUGUCUAAUGCUUAACCCUAUACAAAGGCUAAAAGCUGAUGACUAUUGCAAGGUAGCUGACGAAAUUGGCUUGACCCACUAUCAGAUAAGGAAUUUGGCAAAAGAAAACCCUAUGGAGGAUGUUUUUGAGGUGAUGAUCAGCCAAACAAAAAAAGUAGAUGAGUUUGUAGAUAUUCUAUUUAAAAUAGGUAGAGGUGAUGUUGUACUGAAGAUGUAUGACAUGGCACUACACACACAAUCUUAGUAAUUCUGAGUACGUCUGGUGGCCAUAUUAAUAGUUAGAAGAAGUUAAAAGCCACUGAUAACAAGUUAAGAUCAAGGUAUGUUGUUUUUUUAAUUUAAAAAUUUUACGAUUUUUUCAGCAUAAGACAGCACAACGGAUACAUUGUUUGGGCUUGCCUGUGGUUUUCCAAGGCCGGAAUGUCAAAUGAAAUAUUUCCAAAAACA